AUAACUAGACAGUUAGACGGUCAGGGUUAUAGGCGUAAAUUUGUAAAAGCUCUUGUUUAGUUUUAAAUAGUGCAGCGAAUGAUACCAACAGUAGGUUUAAGACACAUUUGGGUAAACCAGUCGUUAAUUAAUCUCGAAUCGUGCGGAUUAAAUCAAAACAGUUUCCUAAACUACAUAUAUGAAUGAUUUUGGUCAAGCGAUAUAUGACAUGGGAUUUGAGAACUGAGAUAUUCGAAAAACGCUACUAACAAUACAACUGUUCUACAAAUUAUAAAAGCAAAUAAAAACAAAAAGCGCAUUGCAGAAGUCGAAAUUUUCGUCACAGUUUUUAGCUAAACGAUUCGGUUGAUUUGAAAGUCAACAUAUCUGUCAUCGAUAGGUUACGGUUGUGCAAUUGACCUAUUAUAUCAAUAUUUAGAACUACUGCACAUAUUAUAGGCUGUGAGUAAGUUCGUUAUAUAAUACAUUGGCUGCUCGUUUUGCCAUAGAAUACAGGAAUGCUGAUUUAAAUUUAGAGCUGUUUGUAUGUGGCAAAUAGAUUUACAACUACACUUAUUACCAUUUUUAAUAAGACUGGAUUCUUUUUGCUGUUUUAAUUUCUAUUUUACCAAAGUUAUAAGUCGAAUUAGUUGACAUGGGUUUAGUUUUGUACAGUCUCGAGGUUAGUCCGCCAACCAGAUGUGUGCGGAUGGUUUUGGAACAUUUGGAGUUAGAAUAUCAAAUACAUGAAGUUAACUAUGCGGCUGGGGAAUUACAAAGUCAAGAAUUUUUCGCUUUAAACGCACGGCGAAGAGUACCAGUGCUAAAGGAUGGAGAAUAUACUAUUGCAGAAAGUCGAGCUAUAUCGUGUUACUUAUGCAACAAAUACGGGAGCGGUGGGGUGUCCGAUAUCUAUCCGUCUGAUCCUGAGCUUAGAGGAUCAGUUGACCAGCAACUUUACGUCAGUGAAGCGAUCUAUGAUACAGUGCAAAAAUAUUUGAAUACCAAAAAAGUUUUAUUCGGAGAGGGAUUGCCAAAAGUUGAAUUUAAAGAUGACGUCAUCAAAUCCAUUCAGAUAUACGAGACAUUGUUGACGAAACAAAGCUAUUUAUGUGGUGACAACGUCACAAUAGCAGACGUACAUGCUUCAAGUUCACUAUUUAUGCUGCAACUUGCAAACUUUGACGUAAUGGGGGAAUUCCCUAAUACGUCAUCAUGGUUAAAAAAGAUAGAAGCGCUGCCAUAUUACAAAAAAUGCAACGAAAAAGGGAUCGCUAUUCUCACAAAGUUAUACCAGGACGCAGUUAAAAAAAAUACUAAAUGAAAAAUAAAUUAUUUGCUGCUGU